AGUCGGGGAGCGGAGCGCAGCAGCAGCCAUGCCGGUGGACCUGGGGCUGUGGAGCGGGCCGCUGAGCCUCACCGAGGGGGCGCAGACGCCCGCGCAGCCGCUGCGGGUCAAGUAUGGCUCCGUGGAGAUAGACGAGCUGGGCAAGGUGCUCACACCCACUCAGGUCCAGCAUCGCCCCACCAGCAUCGAGUGGGAUGGCUGUGAUCCCCAGAAGCUUUACACCCUGGUUCUCACAGACCCAGAUGCUCCCAGUAGGAAGGACCCAAAGUUCAGGGAAUGGCAUCACUUCCUGGUGACCAACAUGAAAGGCAACAAUGUGGGGAGUGGGACUGUGCUGUCAGAUUACGUCGGCUCCGGACCUCCCAAAGGAACAGGGCUGCACCGCUAUGUGUGGCUGGUGUAUGAGCAGCCGAAGCAGCUGACCUGCAACGAGCCCAUCCUCACUAAUCGCUCUGGUGACAAACGAGGGAAGUUCAAGGUGACUUCUUUCCGCAGCAAGUAUGAGCUGGGGGUGCCGGUGGCUGGCACUUGCUACCAGGCGGAGUGGGAUGACUAUGUGCCGAAGCUCUAUGAGCAGCUGUCGGGGAAGUAGGGUGAGGGGACCUGAAGAAGCACUGUGCAGCACCUCCUGCAUGCCUGGAGACCAGGCUGGUCAGAGCAUGUCACUGUAGUUUUGUUUGAUUAGUGAGUUGAACCCAACUGUUCCCGCACUGAUCGCUGGAACUGUAACCCUGUCGCUGUCCCUGGCCUGAACCUGCUUCUGUGUCAGUGUGGUCCAGACCUGUGCUGUGCUUCGGCUGACUCCCAUAGGUACAGGCAAUCGCUAGCUAGAUGAGCUUCUGACAAGGUGUCCUUGUGAGGGCCACCCCCUCCAGGCUGACCUGCUUAAGGGAAACCAAAGCCUUUGCGAAUUAGUGUCACUUCAGAGUCUCUGCUGUGCUGAAAUGGUAUUAUGUGGCAAUGGUGUUAGUA